UGCAUUCAGAAAGCUGACUGCUCUCGCUUCGUUCGUUUCGUUCACUCAUGCACUGGAGUACUGUAAAUUCGUCACAUGGGAGGCGGACUGCUUGAGAAAUCGCCCACAUUUAAGUCUUUUCGUGCAAACACAGAGCUUGGUCGAGAGAUCUACAGACGGAGAGAAUUUCCGAACUUGCUCACAUGAUUGAAAGGAUCUUCUCUCCUCCUCUUGAGAUGGACACAUUGGUGUGAGCGUCGGACGUUUGGUGACAAGCCUUCAUGCAUUCCUCCCCUUUUGUUCCUUUCAAUCGAUCGCUUGUUUAAUUGUGGUCACUUUAUCCAGCUCUAGCUUUACUUUAGAUGAGAUUGAACUUCCAGCUUCAAGAUCGGUGACAACCACAACAACGCGUCAAUUGCCCAAAAGUGCGUCUUCCGUUCUAUGAUAUGGGAAAGUGGCUGACGAUAUGUUUCGAUGUGUCGAUGUUAUCGAUCACUGGGUUCGCUGUGCAUCUUUAAAUCGAACUGCGUGGCAUGCCACCGACAACCCCUUCAUGACUUCGAGCAUAGUGUGGUCUGGUGUGCUGCUUUUUGCCCUUGGGAAGACAGUGUCCACGGCCGCCGACUCAUUUGUCCCCACAGCGGAGAAUCGUGCAUAGCCGAAACACUUGCAGGAAUCAUCUUCCUCAAUCUUAAUGUUGCAUACAACACUGAUACAUGUGCUGGCUCUUUCACGUCCAUCAAGUCGAAUGUCUUAUUCGUUUCGAGCGAUUCUGAGGGACUCCGUGGAACUUCCGAUCGCUGUCUUGAUAUCAUUCGGAGAAAUGUUAUCAAUGAGGGGUCAGGGUUCAAACCCUAAGCCCUAAAACUCGGAGAAAUGCCCUACCAUGCCACCGGAGUGGCACCUGGAAGCAGCAAAGGCAACAACUGUGGCCAGGCGGGCACUCGGAUCUGCUAAGCGAUGGUGACAAAUGAUGCCGUUUUGAGUUUGAGACCAUGGAGAGCUUCGGACUCCGGAUCCGAGAAGAAGAUAAGUAUGAUUGCGGAUGCUACUUUGAACCAUCAAUUACUACUCUGCGCAAUAAUAUGCAAGCAAGAGGAUUUACAUUGCCAGAGUACAUAGUCCUCAAUUAUUCGAUUGUGAGCUUGCAACGCCAGCGACGCCAGCAAAGGAGACAAGGAAGAUCAACGGGAACAUUAGAACUUUCAGUUCACGGUGUCCUACUUGUUUGGGGACAGUUCCAUAACCGGAUGCUCUUGUAAUUUCUACACCUUUUCAGCCAGAUAUAUCAGAUGC